AUGACACUCCAGCAUCUCCCAGAAACUAGUCGUUCCAGUAGCGUAUUCGAAAGCGUUUGCCGGUCAUUAAAAUCUGCCGAAAUACGGCAAAACGCCACUUCCAAUAUCAUCCUUACUAUAGCACUUGAAGACUUGUGCGACAUAUCUAUUUCCGAUCCAGGUUUUCAGACUGGAGUCGCCGAAGAUAUAGGAGUUAGCCAGCCUGCAGUUUCCUACACUAUAAAGUGUGUUGCCCAAAAGAUUAUGAACAAAGCGCACAUUUGGAUUCGGUUUCCCCAGGACAAUGAAGCCAUACAAGAAGAAAAACAGCGAUGGUUAAGAAGAUAUAAUUUUCCCACAGCAAUUGGAGCUAUUAGCUGCACAUUAAUAAGAAUUAAAAAAAUUCAUGUAUAUAGACAUGGCAAUGAAUACAUCUGCAGAAAACAGUUCCCUGCUCUUAAUGUGCAAGCAACAUGUAACGCGGAGGAAUAUUUUACAAGUGUCAGUGCUGAGUGGCCAGGAUCGGUACAUGACAGUCGCAUCUGGAGGAACAGUUCUGUGUGCCGGGUCUUCAGAACUUUUAAUAAUGCUGUACUAUUGGGAGACCAAGGAUACGGUAUAGAAAAAUGUCUGAUGAUUCCUUACAGAAAUCCAGCCACACCAAGGGAAGAAACCUUUAAUAACCUGUUAAAACGUGAGCGGGUUAUAAUAGAAAGAUGUUUUGGGCAAUUAAAGCAAAGAUUUCCUACGCUCCAGAAUAUCAUACGAUUGCGUCUGCUUGUCAUUCCUUCAUUUAUUGGAGCCUGUUUCGUUCUCCACAACGUAGCUAAACAUCUUAAAGAUGAGGCUGUACUGGAAGAAGAAAAUAAUAAUGAUAAUGACGAUGAUAACCUAGAUGAAGAAGAUAAUAAUGAUCCAGCACAAGAAGUUCAACGACUCGUCUAUCCCAGCGCGUCAGGUAGAUUAAAAGAAGAAUUGCUGGUUGCGUUUAAGGCAACAAAUGGCGCCCAAUUCAAACUUUCAUUAAAAUCUGCCGAAAUACGGCAAAACGCCACUUCCAAUAUCAUCCUUACUAUAGCACUUGAAGACUUGUGCGACAUAUCUAUUUGUUCGUGA